AUGUCGUCCGAAACUGCCAAUCCGGAGACUUCAUCUCCAUCUGCCCCCGCCGUCCUAGGUGUUCCCAAGGUCUGCGAGGUGUCCACCGCAUACAUCUCGCGUCUCCCAAACGAGCCCGAGACCCGGGCUCUCCAGGUCCCAGUUGAGUUCCAAGACAACGUGGAGGAUACCGUCAACGGCCCUCACGGCCACGGCCAUCUCUUCAAGUGGACGCUGGCUUUCGUCCAGGGAGACCCCGAGGCGGACGGCCGCUUCCUUCGUCGGCAGUCGGAGCUCGUGGCAAGCCUCAGGACCGAGGAGCAACUGCUCGCCAGCGUCCAAGAGGCCAUCGACAAGGAGCGGCUCGACAGCCAGGAAGAGGGCAUGUUUGUGUGGCAAGCCAGCGACAGCCUGACGGAUGAGAAGCUGUACCGCGAGGCAUCUGUGCGCUGGCUCAAGCGGGAGCUCAACGUCACUGGCCACCAUUACAUGCUGGCAAAGUCCAUUGCGGGAACCAAGGCCCAGCAGAUGGCCGCAGCGGCUGCCGCCACCGAGGCCAUACAGCCUCAGCCGCACGGGGCGGACCCGGCGCAGCACUCCCAAGGCGUCAUGGAGGACAUGCACCAGCUGGACAACACAGAGUCCUACGCCAAGCUCGUGAGCCAAAUCGCCCAGUACGUCAACUCGGGCACGUUUGGCGGCUUCCAGACCUUUGGCCCCGACAUGGGCGCCGCCUGCAGCCAGGUGCAGGCCAUCACCGACGACCUCCGCGAGAUGGUGGGGAGCCACGCCUACAGCAACGAGGACGAGGGACGCAAGAUUGUCCGCAUUACAAACAUGCUGCACAACAAGCGGUGGAACGAGCAGCAGGUCGACCGCCUCGACCUCGCGCACAAGGUCGCCUUUGUGGUCAAGACCCUUCGCCUGCGCGGCGAGGAGUACGACGACUGGAUCCGCGCCCAUCCCCACGCCCGAGUCGUCCGCGAGGCCAUCGAGAACGCGGCUGAAGCCGAGGCCUCGGCUAAUUGGGGAGAGAUGUAA